AUGGUGUGUAUCCCGUGCAUCGUCAUUCCAGUUCUGCUCUGGGUCUACAAAAAAUUCCUGGAGCCAUACUUAUACCCUCUGGUAGCCCCUUUUGUUAGUCGCAUAUGGCCUCAAAAAAGUCUACAGCAACCCAGUGAUCAAACUAAAGCCAAAGGAGACUUCAAACACGAAGAAAUUGAGGUUGUCUACUCACUUCUGCAGUCGGGGAUGAUCAAGCACACAGUCAAGAUGCACUAA